AUGUCACGCCUCUGGGACACCAUUACUGUCGAUUUCUCGCAGCCUCGCUCGACGCUGCGAGUGUCUCUCAAGUACUUGCAGAUUAUGCUCGGUCGUUCCAGCGACCAACUGUUGAGAAUUUCCUUGAUAUCCGGGCCUACCAGCAGCUCCGCAGUCUUCGAGGCCCUUGCGGAUGUUAUACCAGCUUGUGAAAGAUGGGAAGAGUUCUCCAUCUCUGCUCCCUACGAUGUCAUCGUAGCUUUGGAUCGUCCGCCUUUGAAGUUACCUUCACUGCGGAGAUUGGACGUGAAAUUAUGGAGUGGUUUUGGACAGCACCCUCCGCAUGAGGUCCUUCUUCGGUCCUUCAACGAUUGUCCGGUCCUUCAUACGGCGUCGAUCACCGGAAAUGGUGCCACCGUCCUUCUAAUCUCGCGGUGGCAUCAACUACAUUCCUUUGGUGGACGCACGAGCGACUUAACGACAAUCCAAAAAUUCCUCGCCUCUUAUCCUCAGAUCACCUGUUUGAGCAUCACCAUCGUCCCUGUGCCACUUGCUUCUAAUCAGCAGACAUUGAACAUGCCUGCUGUCAGGUGUAUCAAGCUCUUCUUCGACCCAUCACCAAAUGACAGCUUAUUAGAGGUAGGAAGGACACUCUUACGCCUUUUGAUCUUGCCAUCCGUCGAAGAAAUCACCACAAACAACCUUCCCGGAACGCUCAUCCAGGACUUGAAGCUUCUCCUGAAACGUUCCACGUCGACGCGCGUCAAGAAACUCUAUUUGCUGGGGAUGCCGUCAGGCAUUGUUCCUGCAGGAUCCAUCACGGAACUCCUGGAGCUCUGCCCCGACAUCGUCGACCUCGAACUACCGCUGCCACCACCUAGAGACCUCUCUAACUUGGUUCUCGGCCAAAAUUCCACUCACCUCGUACCAGGACUCAAAUCCUUGACUUUCCACAAUGACCGAUUCGACUGGAACCCUGGUGCAAUGCAAACACUUACAGCAAUCACCUCUUCUCGUUGCGAACCACGCCCACCAUCGGCUUCGCCUUUUUGCUCAACCAUACACUUGCGUUUCCCGACCGAAGACGCAUGCCUCGACGCCUUUGCCAUGCUCCAUGACGUCCGCGUUGGGUACGGCCGGAUAUAUUUGGAAGAUGUGAAUGAAACGUUCUGCAAAGUGCUCGACACACUGGAAGCUCCUUGUGAGGAGAAUUGGGUUCUGAAGGGUCUCCAAAGCGUCAAGGCUGUCGCAACGAAAUCAACGACAACUUGCAUCCAAAGGCUAAGUUAUGUCAUUGAGUUUUCUGAGGACUCUGAGGCUGAAAGCGUCAAAGCUCUGUAUCGCUCAAAGGUCCAUCAUGCAAUGCUCCGCUUCAUACAGCUCAACGAUAGCGCUAUUCCCGGCAACCAGAAGCACAAUUUCAAGGAGCGGGGCUUGCAAACUUUACGGCAAUGGUGCAAGAUACUUCUCGAAGAUGCUCCCAACUGCAAGUGGGGGUUUGAACCUCCUGGCUCCUUGGUAUACAUUCCGACUGGCGAUUCCAUUCGUCAAAGCAAAUUGCAUGCCUUGAAGAUGUUUUUCGGGCUGGACAUGUCUUCAGGAUCACUGCAGUGCCUCAUUUCGAAGGAAGAUUAG